AAACUAUGAGUGCUUAUCACCCCCUUCCUUCCGUCAUAAAGCUGGAACAUUGAUGAUAUUCCUCGUCAGUUUUCCUCCAUACUGUCCCACUGGACACGAAAUGGGUGGGACUAAAGAGUGCAUCAUCUACGGGGAAUAGUACUAAACUAUCCUCUUAGAAAACACUGACUGGAAUACGAUGAAACCUUAUUUGUAACCUGAAUGUAUAUUGUACCUGUUUGUGGAAGAGCUGCGUGUGCUGAGCCUGGCUGGUGGUAAAACUGAGAGUAAGUACAUUUACAGGCCUAACUUUGUCGCAUAUUUCACUCCCGUGUGUGUGUGUGUCUGAGCUGAGGUAGCGUUACCGACCGCAAGAAGAAUACCCAGCUGCAGAUUUCCUAUUUCACCCCACUGAGGCACCAAUUCUUGAAACACCGUCGGUAUGAUGUGUAAAAGUUGCUGGCACCUUCAUCCUUUAACAUUUGUGGUGUGAUUUGGUGGAUUUGUGUGUAGACUCAUUGAGGAAUGUGGCGUUGUAGGAAACCAGGGUAUGGGUGGAGACGACAGCGCUCUGCUUUCAAAAUUUUCAGCCCUGACGGAGUAACCUUCAUGUCCCAAGUGUUAAAAGGACUAAACUACUAAAAUGUUGUCUUUAAUGGUACAAAUGAUGGACUGUGCUCUUUGUAGUGUUGAGGAAGAUGGAGCAGUAACAUAGUGUAGUAUGAUCCUUGAUGAAACUUCAAUUCACUUUCUAAAAGGUGGUAAAGAUUUAAGUUUCCCCAUAAUGAAUCCUGUACACAUUAUUAUGUUGUUGCCACUGCUUUCAGGUGACUGUAAUGGGCUAAAACUUAGUAAAACGUUUAAUAAAAAAAAAGUUCCUGUUUUUGACGACUAUUGUGGGCACUAGGGGGAAUCUACAGGGCACCAGCACAUGCAAGAGUUGACUCAGCACCGUUGUUUAGUCAUGUAGGAAUUUAUGACAGAUAUAACAUCCUGUCAUUCGGUUGCAAGUUUGAGGCUGGUGCCAUUUAUAGGUCCUGUGCAUAUAUUUUUUAAAGGUUUGGAACAAAACUUUUUCUUACAAGUAGAAAUUGAAAAGUAACUCCCUUUUUGGUCAUUAUUACUCUGUACCUUUUGACCCCUUGAGGCACACACAGGAAAAAAAUAAUCCUGUCUAUUUAUUUAGGUUCAUAAAGUAGUCUUCUUGCAUUAGGAAAAAAAUAAACAGGGUUCAAUAUACUUGAAUUUAGUAGCUCAAUGUCUAAUUAAUCUGUAUCUUGGAGAUUUGGAAAGAUACUCUCCUCUGCAACAAGUGGCCGUAUUGUAAAAAGCAGCUUGUUACCAGAAGGCAAAUGUGCUUUUACUGCCUUUUAAAGGUCUCAUCUUGCAGUGAUUAUGUAAGGGGGGGUAAUCAGUCAAUAUCCCCUUGUGUCACUGCUGGGUGUGGUUAAUAAAGGUGAGACAGACCGAUGUCAAUGUUGUACUUGAAACUUAAAGCAGAGGAUGCAAGCAAAACAAGGCUUAAGUUACUGUUUUAUACUUAUACUAUAUGUGUGUGGUGUUGUCAGGUGGCUUUUGCACUCCUACUUUGUUCUAAUCUAGGUUUUGAUUUGUGGGAAAAUUUAGACAUGGCGAUAGUUUGUUCCUAGUGUCCCUGUCUUUUUAAAUUUCUUAAACUGCGUUAUUUUUGUGUUAGCCAGGUAAAAGUUUUUGACCAACUCUAAGUCUCCAAGCUUGAAAAAUUCUCUUCCAACAUCAAGAGGCUCUGAAAUUGAAAUGCACCUGGUAUUGGCAUGCACAUCUGCUUGCAACUCUGAAACAGUCAACACCACUGAUACACACAGAAAGAUUUAUUAUGAUAACAUGUGGCUUUGCUUUCAGUUAUGGUUCUGGCUACCUUGGCACAUGUUGUAGAGGACCCAGUGUGGGUGUACUGUAGAAUUUCACAGGUAGGAUGAUGUCUAUAGUUUGGACCAAGAUUCAUUUCAACAAGCGAAAAACAAGAAAAUCGUGUGACUCUAUUGAUGGGUAAACAUAACAUGUUUCUAGAUAAUUACACUUUCCCCGUGGACUAUUAGAAAAAAAAUGUUGUUUGAUCAGUAUUUAGUUUUGCCAUGAUGGUUUUGUACAGCAUGUAAUGUAUGACCUGGAGAAGGCCUGAACAGAAAUAAAGACUAUCACUUUAAGUUUUCAUGGCACUUAACAGCCCACAGAGUGUGUUUGGUAUAAUAAUGUUUGCCCAACAUUAACAUUCAGCAUAUCUAUCAACAAACAGUAAAGAGUGAGUUAGAAUUACAGUCUAAAUGGCCUGAGAGAUUCAGGAUUGUGAAUGAAAGUUACUUGGGUAAAAUACAAAAGGAGACAGAGGAAUUGAACGGAACUUCUCAGAAAUCUGGGAAACAUCUGGUGAAGCUCAGUCUCAACGGGAAUUCAAUAAGCACUGCUUGUACAAAUGAUUUAAACUUAAAGAAGUCUUGUGCUGCAGCUGUGCAGCCCUUAAGCUCUGGAGAAGUAAAAUCAACACAACUACAGGAAGAAAUGUAUUUGCUAUGAUGAAAAACUUUGAGUCGUUUUAGCUGAAAUAAUGAUGCAAAAUAUUCAUCCAAUAAUUUGGCCAAUCUGUAUCAUUAAAUUUAUAAAAUACAAGGGACAGUCUCCUGUCCAUAGGCUGCUUGCACUCAUCUCAGCGUGUGUCAUAGUCUGGAUGAAACCUGAUUGGCUGCAUUCCUAACAAUUGCUAAAUAAGUAAAGUUUUUUUGUAGAAUCGGUCUAAGGUAUGUACAGUGUUAGACUUCUGCCAAAAUGCUGAUACUUUUAAACUUGAGUUGGCUGCUACCAGUACCAAUCCACCAUUCACUUGACAAAGUUUGCAUCUUCCAGCACACUAAGUGGCUGAUUAUUUUCAAUAAUGCUUUCAAUGAUUUUCUUGUCAAGCUCCUUUAGCUUUGGGCGGCUGCUGUAUUUCAUGGCAAUGUCUGAACGACUGGAGUAGAGGCUGCUGACAAGGUCUUGCAAGUGCUGAAGCUUUUUCAUUCUUACUUUUCAAAAACUCAUGGUCUCUGUUCAGAAUGAUGGGUCUUGAGGUCCACAAUUAAACUCAUUGGGUUAGAAAGGUGUAGUUUUGCUCUUCCUCCUCUGACCGGUCCUUUGCGAGCUUUGGAAAUUGCUAUUUUGCUGCCCAAAGAGUUCAAAGUACUUCCAUGUAGCUGACAUGUUGAAGCCUGUUGGAAUGUAUCAGCUGUCAGAGGCUAUUCAGACCUUGUAUCAACAUGUGAUGUGCAGUGAUACGGACACAAGUGACCAGCUUGAAGUAUGUGCAUUCACACUCUGCAUUAACCAUGGGUCUCCAGUCAUCAGAUCUUACUCUCUCCCACUUCAGAUACGGAGUAACACCUUAGAAGAGCUCUCUCUGUUAGACUUAUCCAGGCUUCAGGUGAUUGAUACUAGAUGGAUAUUGGGGUUAGUGUCGCCUAGCACACAUAGGUGUACGCACUGCCAGACCAAUGCGGAUUAGUGUCUCCCAGUUGGGUGAUCAUAUCUCAGCAUGCAUUGACGAGCAUUCAUACAUAGACUCAAAGCUUGUCACUUGCAAUCAGAUCACCCAGACCUGCAUGAUUAAUGUGUCUCCCGGUGGACUGUAACCUAUAUAUUAACAGAAAGUUUGAUAUAUGACAAAACCAAUCAUUUACUUUUUAAACUGUGUUUCUGCAGUGAUAUGAUGCAAAUGAUAUUGUGCAUUUUCAGUGUAGCCUGCUUGUUCAUCGUUCAAAGUGAACAAGCAGGCUACUUACUACUGAUAUUGUCUUCACCAGAGAAACAGGAACACGUCAGACAGCUUUCAGUAUAAGGCUAUUUUUCUUAUUAUUACAUACUUGUUAUGGUGAAGAUACAUUGAAAAAGCCUAUUGAGUGUUACAGCCUAUACCAGGACUCAUUUAAAUGGUGUUCUUCUAUGAUGGAUCAGUGCCAUGAGCUGGAUUAAGGGCUAGUUAAUGUCUCGACAGGGGACUUUGUUUAGCUCAACUGUAUCCAUACAUAAAAAAAAAUGAAAGUGUACCUUUGAAGCACUUGACCAUUUGUAUGUGCUAAAUGAUGUCAGAAUGUCAGAUUGAUUGUUGUAUUUCAGUCACUUGAGACUUGUCCUCUGUUUUUAGUGCCACUCCUUCAGUAUUUAGAUGCUGCCAAUAGCCUUUGGCCAGUAGACAAAAAGCGACGUACCCACCCAGUGUUAAGCUUUGCCCCUGCCUUAACCUGCUCCAAACUACUGAGCCGUUUGAAAUUUUCCCUGAGGGUAUUCUUCACAAGUAACUUAAAACGCAUGUAUUUAUAUAUCAUGUAUAUUUUUUAUUGUCAUAUUAUCAAAAGUAACAAUAAAUUGUCGGCCUCUUCUCAACUUAAUCCAGUAGUGCCUUUAACAGGUGGGAGCAUUUAAUUUUGAGUUUGGUUCUCAGACGUUCGUUUCCUAUUUUCACUCCCGGACACGCGCGCUCUUGGCCAACACUCACACAAAUACACUUUGUCCCUUCCCUUUCCUCCUUUCGUUGCCCAGGAAACAUCCAGCCAUUCAAAGAUAUCUGCCCACACACUACACAAAAGGGUUCACACACACACCCUAAUCCCUCCGUGUGCUGUGUCCUACACUUCUUGUAUGUCAGUUUUGUAUGUCACGCAGUGGAUGAGCUGAUCAACAGGUAAACAACCCAAGAUGCCUGCAGUGCCUUUUUACUCUUUGUGUCAGUAUUCUAAGAGUAGUACUUAAAAAAAUGACGUAAUCUUUGUUGAAUAGUGAGAAACUGAGUUGUUCUUGAAUGCCUCUGCUUGUGUAACCCUGAUACGUUGCUCUCCUCAGGGAUUAGAUUCGCUUCAUAAAGCUGCUUGUGCUGUUUGAUUAUUUCACUAACUUGUCAGAUUCUGCACCUAGCCGUGUUACCAUCAGUCUGCAUCUGACUCUAUUUUGGCUCUUUUGACUGCAGCAGCAUGUUACAGCUGCUAUUUCUUUUCCAACUGCAGUUUCUUCAUCUAGAACUCACAUUGCCAUUAAUCAUUAAGUCUGAGACGCAACAGCAGAAGUUAAGAAUUAAGAUGUGACCAAUUUCCCAUACACUAUGGUUUUGAGAGUGCAAGAUAUAUACAAACUUGUACUGACUUUAGAUGUGACAUUUUCCUCUCCAUAUGAAAUAGUUGAACUCACAAAGUAUAAAUAGUAUUUAAUGAUUUUCCCUACAGUUAAGUCAAAAUUGGCCAAAGACGCAAAAACAUAAGUACUUUCUGCUGCUUUUGUUUAGUUGAAAUCGUAUCAGAUUAAAAGUGUCAGUUGUAAUGUGUAUAAACAGAACGGUUUCAGUUCUGCCAUUCAAGCUGCAGCUCCACCGUGUUUACUACACUGUGUAUGUUCAGUGGUAAGGAAACAUAAAACUCCCUACAGAAUAUACAGCCCUCUUCUCCUUCGCCUUUGCAGAGCAGCUGCUAUUUGCAUCAGCGGAGCAAUGGCCAGUCCAGAGGAUGUGAUCGAGCCAGCGGCUCUAAGCUCUACGUUCCAAAACCUGGGAAGAAGACGCUUUAUGCAUGACACACACAACCUGACUCCAGAUGAGAUAGAUGGCCUCAUGUCAAGUAGUGGUAAGAAAUGUGUCUUUUUUUUCUCACAAGAUGAAAGUAAACAUAUGCGCUGCUAAUAGAUGUAACUUAACUCCAUCAAAAUGCUCUUACCCACCAAACCACAGACGGCCGGCCUUUUCUGGUGGUGCAUCACCUCCCAGAGCUGAAAGAGGAAGGUGUGCCCUACUUAAUGCCUGGUACUCCAGUUACAUGCAGAGUGGACAACACAGAGAAAUACACUACACGCUCAAAGGUUCACCUUUCAACCUGCCUAUGAUAUGUUUAUUUCAGAUGUUAUUCAGAUGGAGAUGGGGGGUGGUAGCCACAUGUUGAUUUGCUUUACACUGAACAUAAUUUAGGUGUAGAUGCAGAGUGAGGGUAAGGUUAUGGCAGAAAUUAAAUAAGUGGGGGAUUUGUUUACAUGCCUCAUUUGAACAUUUGCACUUACAAAUAAGCACAUAAGAUGUUUUAUGGUUGUGUAUUAUCCGGUGCUGACCUGUUGAAAGCAUCACAUGCUGCAUUUUUUCACUAAGAAACACACUUAAGAAUGUACAGGGAUUAGUAUCAGCCAAUUUAAAGAUGGCUGGCUUAGCUUAGUCAGUUUAAAGUUCUCUGCUUGUCUUUGUACCUAUAUGCAUCUAAUAAACACAACAAAGUGAUUAUCUUUUCAAUCUGUAGUUAAUUUAUGAUUUGUGUGAUUGAUAAAUAAGCAACUCAGUAUCCAAUGUUUUUUAUACAAUGGAACAAUAUCCUUCCAGGUCCAUGUGGGCACCCUGUACACUGUGCGACUAACACACGGCCACUUCCAUUGGACGGUAAAGAGGAAGUACAAGCACUUCCAGGAGCUGCAUCGAGACCUCUACAAGCACAAAAUGAUGCUGCACUUGCUGCCUAUUGGGAGGUUGGUGUACCCAUCUGUUUGUCUUAAUGAUGCAAAUGAACUCCUCACUCUUGACAGGCGUGCAAUGGAAAUAUGAGUGAUGGGCUGCUGAAAGUUUUUAUUGUCAGAUUUCUACAACACAGAGCGGUUUGAAUAUUCAAAUUCCUCUCAUAGGUUUGCAAAGGACAGGCAGCAGCUGAGAGCCAUGUCAGAAGAAAUGCCCAGCCUGCAUGGGACUGAACGUACCCGAAGGACCUCCAGCAAAAUGGUAUCACUCGUACUAAUCAGAUACAUAAUACAUAAGUGUUUGGUGUCUUAAAUUUCCCUUUGGGGAUCAAUGAAAUUCUUCAUAUCUUAUUCACAGCACUUAUUUUUGGAGAACUAUGAGCCAAUUUUAGAAUUAUGAACUACAUUAUACUUAUUGUUUUUGUACAAUGACUUCUGUACAUAAAAAAAGAGAAAUGGGGUCUUAGAUAUAGAGAUAAAAAAAGAAAUGAUGGAGGUAAAUGAUGUCAGUUUGUUGAGAAUAAUUGGAGACCUACAGAUCGAAUUUGAUAAACAUGCUAAUCAAAUUUCGGAAAACAGCGAGUGCAGCCUAAAAGGUUUCAUUCAUUUCUCUUUACACCUUUUAUUUAGUUGUUUUUUUAAUUAAUUGAUCCACAAAGUCAAAGAAGGGAGACAAAAUAUAGACUGAAUAUUGGUUGGGGGCGUAAAUUUGAAAAUGAUGUACAUGUUUGAUUUCAGAUUCUUCAAAGAGUCACAAAAACUGUCCAUUCCUCCCAUUACUAAGUAAAGAUUACUCCUUGAAGCCUUUAAAAGAGAAGUAAUCCUUUCCAUUGCAAUGAUCUUCUUAACUAUGUCCCUUCAGUCACUUUGGGGGGGCCAGGAUUGAACCAUUUCCUUGUCAUAGCUUUUUCAUAAGCAUCAAACAAAUGACGCUAUUUACACGAGUUUUACAUGAUUAGAUACGUCAUCACCCAAAAUCUUACUCAUGGUUAGACAUUUAUUUGUCCACAACGUCUUUACUUCUGGACUCAUCCAAAAAUGUGGGAGCGGUUAGCGUCUUUGUGCUCACACCAUCUCAAACGCUGUUUUUGAAACACAUUAUUUUCAUGUAUUUAAAUGACUGUAUGUAGAUUUGCUCUGUUCCCAUCAAAAGAACUCAAAAUUCACUCUCAUUUAUUGUUUGUCAUUCAUUGUGAAGUACUUUUUUUCAUCAAGUUGCAUUUAAAACUUUGUAACUUUACAGUAUUUAAAUAUAACUUGGAUUUUCUUCUGUCGUAUCACAGAAAUACCUGGAGGAGUACCUGAACGGUCUGCUGGAUAAUGUGUUCUGUCGGAACGAUCACAGCAUGGUAAUAACUCUAAAAGCUCACAAACACAUACCCCAAAGUAAACGUUGUGUAGCUGAAAGUGUUUUCUUCUCUUCCUCUUUUAGCUGGAAUUCCUCUCUGUGGGCGCUCUCUCCUUUGUCACCGAUCUUGGACCUAAAGGCUUGUAAGCAAACCUCUGGAGAUUGGUGUGCUGCAAGUAGAAAUUAGGAAGGGGAUGUGUGUGGGUGAGAUUUGUUGUGUAACAUGUGUGACUUGCUUUCAGGGAGGGACCCAUCUUCAAGAGGUCUGGGGGUCACAGGAUUCAAGGCCUGAACUGCAUUGGCCAUCAUCAGUUUUGUUUCCGCUGGUCACGGCGCUGGCUGGUGGUGAAAGACUCCUUCUUGUUAUACAUGGACCGAGACAAUGGCAGCAUCAACUUUGUGCUGCUGUUCGACCCUGAGUUCAAAGUGAAAGUUGGCCGUGCUUACACAGACACCAAAUAUGGUGUCUGCAUUGAGAACUUUGCUCGGUGGGUCUCCUGUGUUUUUGUUUGUUCACUCGGAGCUUCAGUAUAUUGCUGAUAUUUAUGCCUGGGGUUAUGUUGUGUUUAUGAUUCAUACCUGGUCUGUUUGCUGUUCUUUCAGGAGUCUGAUCAUCAAAUGCAGCAGCUACAGACAGGCUCAUUGGUGGAGUCACGAAAUCAACCGACUGGCAGAAACCUGUGACUUUCUCAAACUGCAACGCUUUGAAGGCUUUGCACCACCACGGGACAACACACUCACAAAAUGGUCAGAUAUAUUGUGUGCUUUAGAUUAACAACUGUGUACCUUAAGACGUGAUCCCCAGCUUCUAAACUUUUAUGGUUCAUGGAUGUUACUUGAAGGUACGUGAAUGGAAGUGGCUACUUUGCAGACCUGGCUGAUGCACUCGAACAAGCAAAGGAGGAAAUCUACAUCACAGAUUGGUGGUAAGUGCCAGCAAUACGUUCAAGACAUCAUACCUUUGUUUGAAGUUACUUUCUUCUGUCAACGAUGAGGAGAUUUUUGCAACCUUAUUUUCUCCCAGGCUCAGCCCUGAAGUGUUUCUAAAGAGACCUGCAAUAGAGAACUACUGGCGCCUGGAUCAGAUACUCAAACGCAAAGCGGUAGGGCUGCUCUCUGUUUUGUUAGUUUCUUUUUUUGAAUAACUACAUGAACUCGCAUCAAAAUUUUAAUACAACCGUGAGUCUUUUGACUGUUUUCUGCAGGAACAAGGAGUCAAAGUGUGCAUACUGUUGUACAAAGAGGUGGAGCUUGCACUUGGCAUAAACAGUGAUCACAGCAAAAGAACUCUCAUGAAUAUGCACCCAAACAUCAAGGUGGGUCACGUGUCUCCACAUCCUUUGAUUUACAAGUCAUGGGAAUAAAAUGGUCUAAGGCCUCAUGUUUAAACCAUUAAUUUUGUCCCCUUUUUUCAUUAGGUGAUGCGACAUCCUGACCACGUCUCCUCUGUGGUGUUCCUGUGGGCUCAUCAUGAAAAGAUGGUGGCCAUUGACCAAACAGUGGCAUUUGUGGGGGGGAUCGAUCUGGCCUUUGGGAGGUGGGAUGACAGCCUGUACCGGUUAACCGACCUGGGUUUGACAGAGAAAGUUGCUGGUGUGACAGAUGAGGCCCCCAAGCUGGAUGUCGUGGUAAGGAAGUUUUUAUUCUGGUAUUUCUAUGUCUUUUAUCUUGUAUUUAUCAUAUUUCUAAACCAGUGCAUAGAAUUGUCUCCUCACUGAUGGAGAAUGACUCUUUGAUGUCUCUGUUAACUAGGACAGUGGUGUGGCUGAUGGUCAAAACCCCCCUGAACCAGAUAAACAGGCAGAGCAGGACCCCGGGGAUCUGACUGGCAACACUAAAUUGUGGCUUGGCAAAGACUACAGCAACUUUAUCAGGAAAGACUGGGUGCAACUGGACAGGCCGUUUGAAGGUGAAUUAUCUAAAUCUUCCUCAGUAUCUCCGUCAUACUGAGCGUCUCUGUGCAGGGAGCUCAAAGGAUUGUUCUCUGUAUUUUUCCAGAUAACAUUGACCGUUUGCAAGUCCCUCGCAUGCCGUGGCGCGAUCUGUCUGCAGCGGCUCAUGGCAAAGCUGCCAGGGACGUUGCCCGUCACUUCAUCCAGCGCUGGAAUUUCACCAAGGUUCGACCCAAAGGAAAUGAUCUGUCCGUUUGAAGCUGCCUAGAUUUUACUGUCAUAGUUUGCUUAAUUUUAUAAACAUCCUCUUCCUUUUUACACCAGAGUUUUGAAAAUGAUUGUGUGGAUAUGCAGAUUCACUCAGUGGAUUUCUCAUACUCGUCCUGUCAAGUAUUCUAUUUUUCGGGGCAAACACAAUCACAAAGUUGAUUUUUUUUUUAAUCAAAGGUGGGGUAGGCAGGAUCUGAAGAGGUGCCAGUUUUUGGGAGAAAUCUUGAAUGUAAACACUACCCCUCCCAACCAGUUUUCCCCUCAGCUCCUCCUCACCCCGCCCACAAACAGACGCUCCUGCUUCAGAUGUAAUGCAGAUAAAUACUUCAGAUAAUUACAAAUGGGGCCCAGUCAAUGUGAAAGUAAAAAGCAUUGGUGCUACUGUAGAUGCCAACAGACUACCAGCAAACACAAUGUUUGCAGGACUUCUAAAACUACGAUAAAGUGACAUAGUCCAGGACCCGAGGUAAACAGUUUAGUGACGCUACAACACGCAGCAGGUCCUGUUUGAAAAGAAACACUUCUGCUACAUACACUUGGCUUACUUUGUUAAAGCAGUUUACCUGUCCAGCAGAAAAGCUACAGGGUCCUUGAGAUCCCGAAGCGUCCUCCAUAAUUUUAUGUUGACCCAGCUUUUUAGCUCUUGUCCGGUCUACCUCCUUUCUAAGCGCCUGUUAUUCCGCCAGUGUCUCUGAUAUUUACUUCAUUUUCUUGCUUGUGUUGGUGGUCGUGGCCAAAGGAGGAUUCAGACAAUUUUCUGUACUUUCUGGUUGGUUUGUACUGCUCGAUAUUGUAGCACCCUAACUUUGUUUGGGCUCCUGAACGUUAUUCGUGGACCAUGCCUCACAACAUGAGAAAGCAGCGUCCGCCUCAAAACCAAUCAGCACCAAGAAGCAGUGACUGCCUUACAACCAAUCAGGUUGGGGGAGGCGGAGAAUGGGUUUGUUUACAGUCAGAAAGAGUGGCCCACUCAAAAAUACUAAAAUGUUGACUUCACAGACAUAACAAAACACAGCGAUAUAUUGCUAAAUGUCAUCAAUAACUAAUAGCUAUUGACUGAUAUUAAAAGCUUUUGUGUAUAUACACCACAAAAAAGAUGCUUCUUUAACGGGACCCUGCCUACCUCACCUUUAAGUUAAAAAAUCACAAAAAUUGUAAUCAUCAGAUUUCCCUGUAAAAAAUAGACUGACACUUGUGGCUGCCAUUUAAAAGUUGUAGGCCACUGUCCACAGUCUCUUGUCACUCUUGGAUUUAUUUGCCACAUUUAUGUCCAUGUGGUUUGGUAUUCUGGCUGUAAUAACUUUGCUUAAACAUUAAAAUAAGCCCUUUGUGGAAAAGCAGAGAUCAUCAGAAAGGUCAGUAAUCUGCUUGUUUGUCUCUUCCAGAUCUUCAAAAACAAGUACAAGGAUGACUUCUACCCUUACCUCCUACCCAAGUCUAACAGUACCGCUGACAACCCCUCAUAUACCGUUCCUGGCUCCACAAAGGCCAAAGUGCAGGUAUUUAUGCACACAUAUUCACCAAGGACCAUGUUACAAUGUGUGUAACACCUGCAUGAACAGUAGAAAAAAAAUUUGCAUGCUAUUUCAUGCAGUAUAAAACACAUCAGCAUCUUCACAGUAUUUCACAUUGUGUUCUGCUUCUGGUGUUGAUCCUACAAGGCUGCAGGAUGCUGUUAUUUGGGCAAAGUAGUGCUUUUUAGCCUCUACAAGUACAUGGAGUCUCUUAUACAAAGACUGUUCCCACGUGAUGUUUGUGUGCCAGAUAAAUCAGACUUUCUGUUCACUGUGGGUGGCAGUCCUGCUAGAGAACAGUGGCAAGUUGUAAAACAAGCUCUCCGAGCCAUGAGUAGAAGACAACAAAAAAGGCUCCACAGAAAAGCCGGCCAGAAACUUGUACCAUGCACAGAAAAAUCCCUGCUUUAAGUCACCCCUUUUGCACACACGAUGACAACACAGGAAACUCCUUAUACAAGAAGAGACAUUAGUGAGAUAACUUCAGUCUCUGUAAACACGCAAGACCAUUCGAGUUUCUACAUUAUACAUUGUACAGCACCAAGAUCAGGAAGACAAUCAGAUGGCUUUCUGUACAUACAACAAAGAGACAGUGUUCUGGCUUUUGAAGAGCAGCUAGUGUAUUCAAGAGAUUUUUGCUGCAGCAGAUGGUGGAACAAGAGUAAAUCCUGUUGAGAAAAAUCACUUCCAACAUGUUUAUCCUCUUCAGUAAAGCCAGAGAAAACAAAUACGCUGCCAGAGAUGGGAAGAGGGGAGGGCAAGUGGAGGCAUCUUAUUUGCAUCAGGCAUCAUGGGAAAUGUGGUCCAGUCAAAAACCAAAAAAUAAAAUUUGCAAAACAGCCUGAAUGAGUCAGAGCUCAUCGUAAUCAUCUUACUGUUUAAAUGAUAUUGAAGUAACUCUGCAGAGGCUGUAGUUUAGUGGUGUUCCUUCAGUAAACAUUAGGCAGCACUGGCUUUCCUGCGUUUCCUUCUUCUGUGUCAUGUAGUGGCCUGUAACCCUAAACCUCGCUCCCCAUUAAGGGAUAGCUCUCCUGUGAGGUUGGGUUGAUCCCUUAUUCAAGUUUCAGCUCCUUUGUUAGAGACUCUGACCCUGUAGAAUACUCAUGUAUGUAAAGCAGAAGUUUGUGCAACGAAAAAGCAACUUGAAAUUUCUUCUGCAUACAGUAAUAGUGCAGCUGAAGCUUAGGAACACUAAUAUAACUGUGAUGUGAAGAAGUGGUACUUCUUUGGCGUUUUCUUUACCCUGUAAUUCUUGUGCUACAUAUGGUCUUUGCUGUGUUUGGUGAGAGUAAAUAAUUGCAUUAUUUAGAUGCAUCAAGGAAACAUUUGAUGCAGAGAAUACAAACUGUAUAAAAUUAGUUUGAGUUUGAAUCACUGUAUAUCAACAUUUAACAUGUUUGUCCCAUUACUGUAGAGAUUUGCCUUUAAAAACACUCGGCAGACAAAUCGGUAAAUAUAGCUGAAAAUAAACCAGUGAAUUCAAAUCAAUUCAAUAAAAAGAAAAUGUAUUUGUCCCUGAAGGGCAAUUCAAAGGACAAAAGGCAGUAGUAUAAGACCUUCUAUAAGGAGAACAAAGAAUAGGAAAUGGGGUGAAAUUGUGCACAAUUGAAUGCAGGUAAGACAGAAAUUUAAUUUAUUUUUUUAUGUCUUAUGAUCCGCUUUUGAUUUUCUUUUUUCAGGUGUUGCGGUCUGCUGAUCGUUGGUCUACUGGAACCUGUGAGAACUCGAUCCUCCAAGCCUACAUCCACACCAUCGAGAACAGCGAGCACUACAUCUAUAUCGAGGUAUGCAGGACUACCAGGGGAUUCAGAGACAAAUACGAACCUUUUGGCAAAGACUCAAUUUUUUUCAGUUGAUUUAUGCUUAAAGUUCAUUUGUUGAGUUUUUAUCUGGUCAUGAAACAGACUGAAAUUCUGAUGAAGAGUUUAUUUGACCCACAAAAGCAAAUAAGACCAUAAACAACAAUGUUGGGUAUUUCCAUAUAGUUAUUUUUAAUGCUUGGGUGUCAGAAAAAGUGAUGCACAGCAUACUGCAGGCACAACCUUUUUCUCACAUUUUGCAGAGCCAAGAAAACCUGCUCAAAAUAAUUUGAGGCUGAUGUUUGAUGUUGUUAAAUUACAACACCUUUUCAUGAUUAACAUUUUUGCUCUAAAGUAAAACAGAAAUGUGUUAAAUUCUAAUUAUACAUUGACUUCCUUUUACUUCUCAUGUUUCAACAUGUGAUUUUCACAUACUUUCUCAUCAUUAAUAUGUUGCUUUCACAUUUAGAGUUCCUGUAGCCAAUGUGUGUCCAGCCACAAGGUUUUCUGAGUCUAAAUUCAAUCAUAGCUUGGACCCUUCUAGCCAGCUACCUGCCUGUUUAAGCUUUCACCUCAUACUGAGCCACCAUCUGCCUUCUCUCUGCCCUUAGAACCAGUUCUUCAUCAGCUGUGCCGAUGGGAAAACUGUCUAUAACGGGAUCGGUGAUGCAAUUGUGAACCGAAUCUUGCGUGCACACAGGUCUGGUUUUACAAUACUUGCCAGGUUUACAGUAUGUGGCACUUCAUUCAUUUUGUACACACAUUCUUGACUAUUGAAGUGAUAAAGCAGCUUUCCACGUAAUCUGUCCCCUGAAAGUGGAUUAAAACAUGUUUACCAAGCACCGAGGAAACUACCCCCGGCAUAUAUGACUGAAAGACUAUUUGUGCUACAUAUAGAGUAUUAUUCUUAAUAGUAUAAAUGAUCAAUUGGCAUUGUUGUUUUGCUGUCUCACGAUUGAAAUAACAUUGACAAACCAGAGACUAGAGUAUAAAGAUGAGUGACCUUGUGCUGCUAUUGUGACUCAUUUCAGAGAGAAUAAAAAGUACAGAGUGUUUGUGGUGGUUCCUUUGCUUCCUGGGUUUGAGGGAGACAUCAGUGCAGGAGGUGGAAAUGCCAUCCAGGCUAUUCUGCACUUCACUUACAGGUGAGAGCCUUUUUUCAUCCCAUUUCCAUGCUGCGCUCAGCCCAGCAUGGACCAGCAGGCAUCGAAAUUGCAGGAAAACACAACCUCUGAAUGUUCAUCUUCUGCUAAUGUACGGCAGAUCACAAUGUCCUUGAGAGGUUGUUAUGGACUGGUCAACCAUAUUUCCUUUGUUUGUUACACUGCAAGAGCUUAUUCAUAGUCUGACUCUGAAAGUUUAUUUAUUUCUCAUUAUUAUAUUGUUUUCCCUAAAGUUUAAUUUUGACAGCAAGCAUGUAUGAUUAGCACAAAUGAGAAGCUUUUAUAAACCAAACAGUGUAACUGAACAGACCCUUGCUGCGUUUUCUUUAAUCACACUAGCUCAUAGUUUUGUCAAAUAAGGCUGUAUUAAAUAAUAGCACAUUAUGAUCCCAGUCAGUCUGUCGUUAUUAUAACAAAGCUCCCUCUUUGCAUUCAUUUAAGUAGUUUAUAAGUUUGUUGUGCUUAUUCUGACAAAGAAUAUACUCCCUGGUAGUCACUGCCACUCAGUUUAGAAGAUUUUUCUAUAAUUCUUCUUUUAUGCCAGAUUUUUAUAUUUUUAUGUCUCAUUUUUUUAUGUCCUAGGACCAUGUGCCGAGGGGAGCACUCCAUCCUGUCAAGACUAAGUGAAGGUCAGUAUUAUUCCUUAUACUCCUUUCUUUGUAAAUCUAAAUCAUCUUUUUCCGCUCUAACUCAUUUGUCUUUCUUUCUCCUCGUGUUGCUCCUUUAAACUGAAGCUCAUGGUGCUAGGUACCUUCACUUCUGUCUUCAUUUCCAUCACUGACUUAUUCAUUUCUUUCACACCCACUUUAAAAGUCAAAAAAUCUUUGUGCGUGUUAUGAGACACAUUUUUGUUUUUCACCAAGAUUCCUUCUUAAUACUUUGUAUCUGGUUUUGCAUCUCCAGUCAAGGACCAGUGGACUGAGUACAUCUCACUCUGUGGCCUGAGAACACACUCCCAGCUCUCCCAGUCUCUUGUCACUGAGCUCAUCUAUGUUCACAGCAAGACCCUCAUUUGUGACGACCGCUGCUAUAUCAUUGGUGAGUCACAGCCUGCAAAAACUCAUUGAUAGUCAGAAUGACAUCCGAGCUCCAAAAUAGCUAAUCAGCGCAGCUCCAAGAUACAGUAAAUAAGUAAUCAGUCAGUGUCUCUAAUCUACAGUUUGGAAGCUAUGAAAGUUAAGUGCAUUUUAAACAGUUGGUUAAAAAUAUGCAAAUAAACAAAUAUAUGUAGAAUUUUUUUUUUUGUUUAUUUUAAACUAUUAUUUGUAGGAAUGAAUAUUUAGAAGUGAUUUUGAGCCCAUGCAGUGAUUUCUGCUACAAAGUUAUGAAUUGUUUUUAAUGCAGUGCCUCCUAAGGGCUUGAACAUUUUGGCCAUCUAGUACUUGUUUUUACUUUUAUUCUCUCUGUAGUGCCAGGAUUCCUCUUGGUUCUCUAAAUAUUUAAUGAUUUUAUGUGAUAUAGAUGAUAAUAUCCCAAAUUCUUUGCAAUUUUAUGCUAAGGAACAUGUUUUGGAAGUCGUUUGACUAUUUUAUUAUUUUUUUUUUUUACCGUUUACACAAUGUCCUAACUUUUUUUUUUAAUUGGGGUUAUAUUUACUACCCUAAUACUAAUAGUACUUAAAACUUUUAGUAUUGGAAUAUGCCAAUCCUUUGUCAAAACUUAAAUUUCUGUCACACGAAAAUUUUGGAAACAGAGAAAAUGAUGCAUGUAACCUAACAUUACUGUUAGUCAUCUGCCUUUCUGUUUACUUUCCUAGGACUGUUACAAAGCUGUAUUUAACGACUGCCAGUAUUUGUACCCCAAGACUGAAUGGGAAAAACAUUCUUUUCUCUCUUACAAGGACCAAAUCAUGACAAUUAGCUAAAGUCUCAGAUGAGCUUUUCUCUUUGCCAAAGUUGAAUUGGAAUGAUUUGCCAGUAUCAUUUUAUCCACAAUGUUUAAACUGCAUCUGACUUCUUUUAGAUCGCAAAAAGUUUUAGCCUUUAACCUUUACAGACCAAUCUAUUCCUACACAAAAACAAAUGCAUGGAGAAAAAUGUUUAAGCUUGCAUAGUCGCCCUCAUUCUGAAGAAUACUCUUAAUAUUGAGUGUAUUUUAUGCUGAUUUGUGCUUUCACCUCUGAACUCUUGAUUGCGACGUGUCGGAACAAACAGGUUGUAAAUGUCUGUAUGUCUCAUCUAUGUUCCAGGAUCCGCCAACAUCAAUGAUCGCAGCAUGCUGGGCAACAGAGACAGUGAGAUGGCAGUAUUUGUAGAAGAUGAAGAGCGGGUCCCGUCUGUCAUGGGAGGGGAGGAUUACCAGGCAGGACCCCUCGCUCUGGCUCUGCGCAAAGAGUGUUUCAGGUCAGGAGAGAUUAUGUAACCCUUGAAACUAGUCUGGGUUUUUUUUUUUUUUCUGAUCAAAUGUGUACCUCUGCACUGCUCGGUUCGAAAGCAGCGUCAAAUUACUUCUAUGUCAUGAAAAAGAUCAGCAUUACUAUUAUUUUCCAUGCACUGGGAAAUACCAACUUCUAGAUGCUAAUUUGAAACAUGCGAAAAGCAAAUUUGGAUGAGUUUUAACAAAAAAUAAAUAAAAAAUUCUCCUGAUUAAAAACAUAUUAAGUUGUAAUCCUACUAAGGCUGUGAGUGUCCACACAACCUGUCUACAUAUUAACCUUUGUGCAGUUGCAAAGAUCUGACAGACAGGCCUUUGUUUCACUUUUUUGUCCCUUUUGGUUUGCCAUAGUUAAGUCACUAUAGCUGUGUUGGAAAAUAACACUAAGGCACAUUUCACCUUGGAGUGGCCUCAUUUUGGAGUGGGCACAUCACCGUGUACAUAAGAAUAAAACAGUUUGGAAGAUGUUUGAGAGUGCGAAAUGGGUGACAACUGACUGCAGGCCAGUCAUCACUGUGGAAGACUCUAACCAGAAUCUAAUGGGACUUCCUCAGAUUAGCAUGUUGUGACUAGUCAUAUGUCGAACCAUUGCAGUGUUAUCCUUUAAAGAAAUAAAAUUAAUUCUGUGUUUCACAGAAUAAGACCUUUUAAAGCUGUCUCCAGCUACUUAGUCAUGGUUUCAGACUGCACUGAUGCAGCAUUUAUGUUGAAAAUAAAUCAGUAUAUAACACACUUUACUGCAUUCAUCUGAUUCCCUAAUGAAGACCGUGGUAGGAAUUGCUUUACAGUGUGAUGUUCAAAUGUAUUCCUCCUCUUUUCUAGGGUUAUCGUUGGUGCUUCUUCAGACCCCAGUAUCAAUAUUGAUGAUCCAAUCAGCGAUGAAUUCUUCUUCUUGUCUUGGAACGCAGCUGCUAAACAAAAUGCCAUCAUUUAUGACAAGGUAUGAAUGUGACUUUCGCUCAUAUUUCUCCUGAAAAGUAUACAUGUAUAGUUUAAAUCUUCAGUGAGGAGUUUUUAACUAGUUAUGGAACAAAUUUAGCAAAUACAAAUGCUUAUUUGGAACCUUAAACAGCAGAAUAGAUCAUGAGUAGGGAAAUUUGAUCUAAUUAUUUUUUGAUACCUGUUGCUGCUGUCACCAAGCCAGGUUUCUCACCUCCCCUUUGUAACCAUUUGCUGGUGUGUGCUGCUCUCAAAUAGGUUUUCAAAUGCCUGCCCCACAACUCAGUCCACAACAUGCGUGACCUGAAAGAGUACUCUAGCGAGGAGCGCCUCUGCGACACCGACCCCGAGAAGGCCGCAGAGGAGCUGAAGGGAAUCAAAGGCCUGCUGGUCCACUUCCCCCUGAGGUUCCUGUGUGAGGAGAACCUGCUGCCGCCUCUGGCUACUAAGGAAGGCAUGGCACCUGUUGGGCUGUGGACAUAACCACAGCUCAGACCACAGAAGACCACUAAAGGGCUUAUGUUCACCACAGCACACUAAAGUAGUUAUGGCACUGGCACUUCAAUGGUGGGGAAAACAUCACGAUUUACUUUUUUAUCAUUAUGCUUUUUUACUAUUUCUGACUGACAAUGAACUGGUCUGAACAUAACCACUGAGAUAUAAAUGUAAUGAUAGUUCUCUCUCAUCAAUCUAAAUGAAUUUAUGUACUAGCCAGUUGUUCUCAGUAUCUGCUUCAGAAAUUGUCCUGUACAAUCUGAACCAGCACUGUUAGAAAAAAAAAAACACACACACAAAUGAAUGUAUGAGUCAGGGGAGGAUGUGAGGUUCUAUUGGUUACCUAGCAUCUCACAUGAUCUAGGAACAUAGUGUACAAUUAUUGGUGAAGGUUUUUGGGUGGGUGGCUCUGUCUUUCUCUCUCCUCUUUUUUUCUGGAUGUCUCUCUCUUUCUCUCUCUCCCUCUUUCUUUCUCUAUCUUUCUUUCUCUCUUCCGCUCACUCUCACUUUCUCCCUCUGAGGCUUCACCUCUCACUGCAGUGCCAGCAAAUCUGUCAGAACAUUUGUGGUUGUUAUGGUGACGGAUAUAAAGAGAUGACUGGAUUAGGGUUGAAAUAAAGACUGGAUAGGGUCGAAGAAGGAGAGCACUGAUAAAGGGGUUAACUUACUAAAUCAGGAUUGUGAAAGGGAGGAAAUAAAGUGAUAUGGAGAGAGAGAAAAAGAACAGAAGAUUUUUGUGUAGGAAAAAUCAUUUGAGUAGUUUUGGAUUAAAAGAUCAGGUGGGCAAAACUGUGGGAGGGAAAUAAAAGCAGGACAAGAUAAUUAAUGGGUGUUAGGUUGAUUUACCGUUAAUUGUUGCGUUUUCCACUUUCAAAGUCACCAUGACAACCGAGUGAGUUAUUAUUUCACUAUGUUGUCAGCAGUCCAGAACAGAACAUUCCUCUAUCCACUCUGCUUUGACAAAGCUGUCUGAAGCAGAGACAUGAAUUGUUUGACCAAUGCAAUUUUUCAUUUAUUUCAACAAUUCUGUUUCCACGUGCCAUAAAAUGUGCUGCAUAACUACCCAAUAUUGAUGUGCUAACAACAAGCAUUUGUAAAGGUGUAUUACAUUAAUUUAUAUGUUACAUUUAUUGGUUAACACUCACAGUUUGAGCAUUAUCAGGUCAUAUGAAUGCAAAUAAUUUAAUGCUGUUUUUAUAAAACAAUGUCGGUUAUUAUGCUAGUUCCCUUUGCUGAGCCAUGAGGAUCCAAGUGACUACUAUUGAGCAAAUUGGAAAAGUCUAACAUUGGAUGAAUAUGUAGCAUCAGUGAUAGAAGUUGACCCCGUUAGAGCUUUGUAAUGAAUGAUUUUUUUAAAGAUCAUGUUAUAGUUGGACUGAUAAAAAACAAUAGAAGCUACCUUUCUAAUGUAGAAAAACAAUAACAACAUAUCAUAAAUGUGGCUGCCCUUAACGAAGACAUGGGUCUAAUGUUGCAUAUGCAAUGUUACUUUAAUUUUAAGGUCUUAAAAGUCUUUCUCAUUGCACGUAUUCUUCCAGAGUCUAACAGUGCCUUUGUAAAGCACCUGUCACAAACCAAAGUUUUCAGUGAAUGAACAGCAGAGAAAUAGAAAUGAUCAGGACAUGAACCUUGUGAAUGGACCGAAUGUUUGACAUUAGAGCCUUUUGGUAGUGUUCCCACUGGACCUUUAUGUAAUAUUGGAACAAUUCCCUUCUUAGCGUUUUUUUAUAACAAAAACUUGAAUUUUUAGAAAUUAGUCAGAGUGACAUAAUAUAGUGUAUUUUUAUACUUUCACUCCAGAAUUUUGAAAACUGGUUGAACCUCUGACUGAGCCAGUGAAAGAGUGCUUCAUAAUUCUAGGAGACAAGCCCACAAGUCAACAACACUACCUGUGUAGUUUCAAUGCAAAGUAGUCUAUAAAUGUGACAGAGGAUAUGUGCCCCACAGAAAUGCUGCCUAAUGUUACAUGAAGCACCUUUCACAAAGAAGCUAGCAAGACCAUCUGUGUUCAGAAGUGCAAUACUGGCUUCAGAACUAUUCACAUUUUCUUUUGGAAGACAUUAAAAAGCCACUAUGAACUCUUGCAGACUCAAAGCUGAGAAUUUGCUGGCCUCUCUCACACAGCACAAAAUGGUAGCCUUGUCUUUGUAGAAAGAUUUCUGAAGGAAUGUUUUUAAUUCAAAGUGACCUUACUCUGUCUCUACUCUAUGGAUUUUAUUUUUAUGAAAAACUAGCAUUACCCGUACAUAAAGAUGUCUAUCUCACUGAUAAAAGUUGUAUUUUUAACAUUCCUUAUUAUCCAUUUAUUAACUUUUGUACAUGCUUAGAUUGAGGUUAUGAAACUGGCUGAUGAAUAUUACUGACACUCAGGGGUGGAAAGGUGAUAAAUAUGUUUACUCAGAUGUUGAAGUACAGUUGUGAACAACUCGUCCUUAAAGGUAUGUCACUUUUACUGUUUUCUCAGAAACUUUUGUUAACACAAUAUCAAAGAAAGUAUAUGCUUUUACAUUUAUUCCAUAAUCUUCAUCAGCCAAAAUAAACAUUCAGUUCUGAAUGGCAAACCCUCCAUGUUUUCUGUGUUUGUUUUUUCAUCAAAACACUGUAAUUUCAGUUAAAGGUCAUCUGCUAUACACAGAUUUGACAAUAAAGUUCUCCAGAUAUGAAAACGUUUAUGUAAUUGUGUCUUCUGUGAUAUUCUAUAUUUAUCAGGUUAUUUAAAGAGGAAACUGGAUAUGUUUUUUUAAGGAAAUAGUUUUUUUUUUUCAAUAAAAAUUACAUCAAAAUCUUGUGUCAAUGCUAAAUUGUUGCAUACAACUCUAAUGAAAUAUCUUAUUUAUUAGCAUUGGUUUUUCUGUUUAUCAGUGUGCAUUUUGAGCACUUGGCUUUGAAGAUGAUUAUAUAUCAACAGCAUUGUGAUCUGUUCGAGUGACGUUUGGCUUUGUUGCAACGACAGCACUUGCAGUAAAGCUGUUACAAUGGCAGAGAGUGGGGUAAGAUGAGCCGUUUUUCAUAUUUCGGAUCUCUACAUCAAGGCAAUCAUAGUUUUGUCUCUAACUAGUGUAUCUGCAUAUAUGUCAAGAUGUUGUGCAUCCCUACAAACCAACAGAAUGAGUGUAAACAUAACUGUCCUGAUAAUAUAUCAUGCCAAAAAAAGUGGUCUCCUAUGGUCAACUUACCCCGUGUAUGCGGUAAGUUGACCAUACACUCUCCACCCCAGCCCUCCCUCACCUUCUCUCUCCCUAAAUAACAGUCACUUCUUCAUAUUCAUGUGUAUUUCUAUCUAUUACAUGCUAUUCAACUGGUACAAUCACUCUUUUUUAGUAUUAUUGCAUAUACCUUUUAACAUUUAACAUUUUAACACGAGAAUGCCUUUAAGUGAUUCAGAACAUUCACAGCUGUAUUUUUAAAAAGAAAAAGUAAAACAUUUCAACAAUCUGAACUGAAACUCUGAUCC